AUGGCAGUGGACCGUCGCAAGGUCGCUAUCUUCAGCGCGGCCUUUGUUCUUCGCCUGGUACUCGUUUGUCUCUUUCCUUCCCUGCCCGACUUGUUGACCGGCCGAGUCGAGGUCUCUACCCCAGUCAACAGCUUUAAGCGACUCCAGGAAGGCUUGUUUCUUUAUACGCGGAAUGUGUCGCCAUACGAUGGUGGUGUCUUUCACCAGGUGGGUGAAUCGCAUGCAAUGCAACUACGGGGCUUCUCGAUUAACUCGAUUGUACAACAGGCGCCUCUCCUACUUCCUCUUUUCGCCCUUCUUCCCGAUGUGAAAAGCAACCCCCUUCCAUCCGCUAUCUUCUAUUUCAUUGUUGAUUUGGUCAAUGCGCAUGCCCUGGCCAACAUCUCGGCGUCGGGGCAGUCAGUUCAGAGCCGACUCCACUCGGCCAUUCGGAAGCACAUUCGAUGGGACGGGGGAUCCGUUGCAGCUUGGUUCCUGUUCAAUCCUUUCACGAUCGCAACAUGCCUGGCACGGUCAACGAGUGUGUUUACUACAACCGGAAUCCUCUUCGCAGUGUCCAACGCUGUCAGUGGUAAUAGCAUCAAUGCGAUGCUGGCUCUCGGACUCGCAUCCUAUCUUUCUCUCUACCCGGCGCUCCUUUUUGUCCCGGUAGUACUACUUUGCUAUGAUCAGCGGGCUCCAAAGCUACCCAAAAUCGCGGCUUUCAUCAUCCAAAAUGCCUCAAUUCUUCUAGGCAGCGUUGCAGGACUACUCGGAUUGUCUUACCUUAUUACUGGAAACUUCUGGGAAUUCAUGUCUGCGACAUAUGGCUUCCACCUUUUGGUUCCGGAUCUGACCCCCAAUGUGGGUCUUUGGUGGUACUUCUUCAUCGAAAUGUUCGAUUCCUUCCGCGAAUUCUUCCUUGGAGUUUUCUGGCUUCAUCUCGCUAGCUAUGUUGGUGGACUCACGGCAAGGCUUCACCGCCAGCCCCUAUUCGUCAUUACUUCACUUUUGGGUGUCUUCGCUCUCUUUAAACCAUACCCCAGCAUCUCCGACGCGUCGUUGUACUUCGCGUUCUUGCCUCUGUAUCGGCACACCUUCCCAUUCAUGCGAUACACAUUUUUCGCCAUCGCUGCAAUCUUAUAUGCCAGUCUUCUCGGUCCAGCCUUUUACCACCUCUGGAUAUACGCCGGGUCUGGCAACGCCAACUUUUUCUACGCGAUCACACUCGUGUGGAGUCUAGGUCUUUCAAUUCUCCUAGCCGACAGCAUCUUCGCCGUUCUUCGCGACGAAUGGGAACAAGACCAUCCCGAAGCCCGAGGCUCAGAGGUGAAACAAGUGUAG